AUGGGGGCCUGGACCUGUGCGGGAGACCAGGUGGAUGGUGACCACCGCCAGCCCGGUGAGGGGCCCCCCCGAAGAAGAGCCGAGGGACCCGGGGAACCCGUGGGGAUCCUGUCGGGCCCGGGAGGCGUGGAAGCGGCCAGGGAGGCCGAGCCUGGGAGGCACGCCAAGGGAAAAGCAAAAGUUACUGAAACCUCAAGCGAUGAUCCACAGCCAGGAGUAGACCUGGUCAAAAAAGAACCAUUAACCAGUUCCGAAUCUUCACAAACAGUGGAGUGCAGUGAAUUAGAAGGUAUGACUAUCUUUGAGCCUGUGGCUAGGGAUGGUUUGAUAGAAGGUAUUAAAAGAAAAAUUCGAAUAAAAAAAAGUAAAAGUUUAGAAAACCCACCUUUCACAAUAACUGAAAACGAGUCCACACAAAAUAUGAAGGUUGGACUCCAAGAUGAUCUGUACAUGAGUACUGCAAAAUAUUCUUGUAACAGCUUGUCGCCGGGAAUAGAAAGUAGUUCCAUUUUAAAGCUACAUGAUUCCAAUAGUUUCCCCCGUCAUAAUGAAAAUGACCUUGCAUAUAAAUCUGAUGGUGGAUAUGUACAUGUAGCAAAAAAUCCCUCCAAGUUAAAGAAAGAAAAUCUUAGGAGUCUUACAGAAAAGAACGACACAGAUAGUAUUCUUAAGCUCUCACAAAUUGCAGAGAAUCUGACAGGGGUAAAUAAAUUACUGCUUGAAGAAAGUGAUUUGUACCAAGGGAAAAAUAAUGGCUUACUUUCCUGCCUUCAAAGUGAAAAAACUAAACAUGCAAUAGAGGAGAACAAUGUUGGGAAAAGACCCAAGAAAAAGAUGAAGUUAUGUGAAAAAGAACAAACAGUUCUUGACAUGAAUGUCUCUAAGAUGUGUAACAAGUCUCAGUUGAUAUCACAAGAAAAUCUCACUAUGGAGAGGAAAGACACAGAGCCCACCACAGAAUGGAAAAAGAGUUCUUGCAGAGUUGUGAAGAAGAUAAACCAUAACACGCAUUCUCAAGGAGGUCAUUUACUCAGUCUCCCAGAACCGGGAGAAAAAAAACCCAGAAGUCCCAGACCUCACGUAACUGCUGUAUUUCAGGGAACCCUUGAACCCCUUUCUUUAAAAGAAGAAAACAAACAUACUUCAGAUGCCUCAGGAAGUAAAAAAAUGGAGCCAGACGUGUAUUUCAAAUCAGGGACCAGCUCUCUGGUGAAAUUACCUACCCAUCACCAUCGUACCGAAAAGAGACCUUCCUGGGAAGAUAAGAGAGGCGAAACCGAAGAAUCAAAGACAAGCUGCCAACGAACCAUCCCGAUGGCUGGCAAAAGAAUUUGGCCUUGUUAUUCUUGUGCUAGAACAUCUGCCUACUGUUGGAAAACAGCUUCCUUCCCAGACUCUUCAGAUUAUUCCUUUCCUGGGUUUGUGAAGAGUAGUAGGCAAGGUGAUUUCCUUAAACAUUAUACAAGCCAAACUCCGUUCACUGACUCCCCAUCAUUGUUAGAAAGUUCCUCAACAGAAAACAACACAGAGCCCCCAAGUAAAGAAAAAUCAGAUUCUCCUUUAGAUUGCCUGGCUUGGGUUCCAGCGGUUUCAGCGGAAGAACCUGCCCUGGAAGUUACCAAGGACCCUGGGAUCGAUGAUAAAAAGAUCAAGUCGGAGGAACCAAGUGGCAGAAAUGGGUCAGAGGUGGUUUCUAGUACAACUGAAGAUCCUCAGUUACCUACCGGGACUCAAAGCUCCACAGGAAAUAAGAAAAAGGAGAGGGGAAAUUUAACGAAACCUACUGUGACUGGCACCUUCCAGGAGGGCCAGGAAGCCAGUCAUUCUACCAGCAAAAGUUUUCAUCGAAAAGCCUCCAUUGCUAAGCAAACACUUGUAAUUCCGGACCUGGUGAAAAUAUUAAACACCGGACGGCUGACCAAUUUUAAAAUUCCUUUACUGAAGAAUAAGAGAGGCAAAAGCAAAGAAGUCAAUGCCAAGACAUCAGAGAGAGAGGCUUACAGUCCCCUGGAACUGCUGGACAAUCUGUCUGGAACGGAGACAAGACAGAAUAGGAAUAAAGAAAACAUCUCCACAGCAACUUUAACACCUUUGAACACACAAACAAGCGGGGCUCCAGGGCCAGCUUGUUCAAACUUGCUCUACAAUAAGAAUUCUUGUAGUAUUCCUCCAAGCUUUCCAAAGAAAGGUGAUAAUCAUAAACCACCCAAGCACAUCUCUGAAGCAGGCAAUAUUGUUCCUCCUAAGGAACCUGUUUCUCUCACCAUUGAAAAGAAUACCUUUACAUGCGAUCCUGGGUGUAGAGAAGCUAGUUCAUUCUGCUCUAAGAAACAAGUGACCUUCGAGCCAAUAGCCACUAAAGUUAGUGGUAGGAAAACGACUAAAAACAUUUCAGACAAAGUGGGAUUUCCAGACAUUUUGAAAGCAUAUGAAGACGAUGUCCUCUUAAUUGAUGUCAUUCAAGAUGACCCAGACCUCUUUGGAGUCUCCAAUGAAGGGGACCUCUCAUUUGCUUCAGAGGCCCCCAAAGUAAGCCAGGAACCCAAAGUUGCUGAAGAACAACAAUCAGAUUCCAAGCACGUGGAACUUCCAGAGAGAAAACCAAGUGAACUGAGAGAGCUUCCUGUAUUGGACCCUGGAUUGAUGAAGUCAGAGACCUGUGUUGCUUUGUCAAAAGCAAAUGAGAUAAAAUGUGAUGCCAAAGGUGCAGAUGUUUCCAUUGAAGUAACUCGCGAGGCUGUUAAGAAUGACAAAUUGGGAGACCUCAGUGAACAAAUAAAAGGGUCAGACAUGGAUGAAAAGUGUAGAGUUUCAGAGAAGGCAACUAUUAAUGAAGAAAAAGAAACUGAUUAUGAAGUUUUCAAAAGCAAAGAUUCUGGAAAUGCAGAGAUGGUGAUGGCUGAAGGUCAAUUAGCACUCCUGGGCCCCAGGCCUCUGACUCACAGUGGGCAUAAGGAGGAUAAAGUUCCAAAGCUCUGGAUGAAUGAUUUCAGAUUUCCAGGAAGACAUCCUGUCCCGCAGCUGCAGAGUCCUGAUGCUUGUGAAAUAUUUAAGAGAGAAAAAAAUAUGGGGGUGUUCCAGAAACCCCUAGGGCUGAUGAUGCCCCACAGAUACUGCAAAUUUCAUUUUAACACCUUGCGUGGUUGUGAACGAUCACAGUGUAAGUUCGCUCAUGUUCCUGAACAGGAGGAUGAAAAGGUUUGCAUGGAUGUGUUUAAGAAAUAUAUAAGCAUCAAUGAGAUAUGCUUGCUGCAACGUGCAGUAAACUUAUUUAUGGAAUUCUACAGAAAUUUUCCUCCGGGUAUAUACUUUGAUUUACAAGUCUUAAAUGAGCUUCUAAUGUCUUUACUCAAGCAUUGUUUAUUGAAAGAAGUAUUUCAGGUAGUGAACCUCAGCAUAAUGGUUAAAAUACCGCCUGCCCCACAGAUAAUACUAAAAAUAUUUGAGCAUGUGGCAACUUUGAAAUUAAGGAAUGCGGUGCCUGCUCUAAUUGAUAUCUUCUGCAAGUUUGUUGAAGCUGGAAUAAUGCUUGACCCAGAACACUUGAACUAUAUCGUUGAGCUUUUAUACCAAACCCAGGCUUCCAAACAAGAAAUCACCGCUGUUCUGGAAAUCAAAGCCAGGUUACGGAUGAAGCAAUUUAAAAUGAGCUGGAAGAAUGAUUUAGAGUCAGCCUUGAAUGAAGUAGAGGAUUGUAAGGAAAAAUGUGACUGGACCAAAUUGGGAAACCUAUACAUUAACAUCAAAAUGAGCUGCGAAAAAUUUGUAGAUUUCCAGAGAUUUUGUACUUGUAUCGCUGAAACACUCACAAAAGACUAUAAAGAAGAAACACCAGUGAUUCCUUUUUGUGAAUUUGCUGAGACAGUUAGCAAAGACCCACAGCACAGUGAAGUAGACAGAACUUUGCUGGGAAGAAUUGGAAUCAGUACCAUGCACUUCUACCAUCACUUACUGCAGUGGUGCAAGGGAAGAAAGGUCUUAGAUAAACUAUACGAACUAAAAAUACACUUUACAAGUUUAAAAGGACUUACAGGACCUGCAAAGUUAGCACCAAGAUGUCAAAUUGUGAACAUUGCAGCGGAGAUUUUUCUAAAAACUGGAAGCCUGGAUGGUGCUCUCUGGGUACUAAGGGAAUCAGAAUGGAUCAUCAACACACCCCUCUGGCCAUGUGACAGAUUUGAUGUGCUUAAUCGACAUAACCUGCUGUGCACAAUUGCACAUGAAGUGCUGGCCAAGAGCCUUUACAGACAGACAUUUGAGGUUUUGCAGAACCUUCCAGGUUUUCUGAAUUCCCAAGAAACUAUGGAGAUAUCCCAGUACAGCCUUCUUUUUAAUAAACUUCUUGAUGCCUGCAUAGAAAGCAACAGUCUUGGCAUGUCAUCUUCGGUGGCAGAAUUCAUGAUGACAAAGAGUAUUCCAAUUGAGUUCUCCUUCCUCAGAAGAUUAAUUACUUCUUUAGGAAGGAGCUGUUUAUGGCUCAAAGCUAGAACCCACUACAAAAGUGCUCUUUCUUUAGGAUGUUAUCCACCAUUAGAGGGAAAUUUAUACAGAAAGCUUCUACUGAUUCCAUCGUAUUUAUCUGAGAUUGAAAUGCUUUUAGCUAUCGAAAUCUUUCUGGUCUCUAACGCUAGUAGUAUUCAAAGUCCUGGACCAUCUACACAGAUGCUACAGAUAGUUUUGAAAAGAUGUGAAGAAAACAAAUCUCGAAGCAAGGAUGACUACCAGGCUGCAGUGGAAAGGUUAAUAACAGCCGCCCGCAUAUCAGACCCCAAGCUCUUCAUUAAGCACAUGACCGUCAACGUGAACAAGGAGCAAGUUUACAGUUUGGAAAACUGUUCAGCCCUGAAGUGGCUGAAAGAGAACAUGAAAUGGGCUGGGAAGGUAUGGCUUUUCACUAACUGUUAGGCAUCGAAGGGCUGAGUUGUUGGUUUCGUGGGUUGUUUUUUUUUUUAAGUUCCAAUAAUCA